AUUCCCCGGCAACCAAAUAAACUGAUGGCAAGUGAAGAAGAAAAUCAAGCCCCCCUAUCGCAUAAAAAUCAGAUGUACGAUGAAUCCUUAGAAGUUCCAGACGCAGAAGACGUCCCUUCGUUGUGUACACCAUCGCCUAACAUGGCUUCAAUCGGAAAUCAAGACGAUAACGACUCAGACGAAACAAUCGGAAAUUCUCCUCACCCAGACUCCAGAAUGGACAACUCAAUAACAUCAGAAAAUGAACAACCAGGAUUAGAUCUGAAACAAAAAAAAUUUCAACCUUCUAAUUUAAAAGACGAUGAUAAUGACUCUGGAUCGUCAUUAGCUGAUGAUGAUGAUGAAGAAGAUGACGAAGAUGAUGAUGGAGCCGAGGCUGCAUUUGAAGGAGCAUACGAUCCCGACGAAUACUCAAAUUUGCCAGUUUCAGCCGAAAUAAGCGAUCUCUUUCAAUAUAUCACAAGAUAUACUCCACAAACAAUUGAGCUAGAUCACUGUCUAAAACCGUUUAUUCCCGAUUUUAUACCGUCAGUUGGUGACAUUGACGCCUUUAUCAAAGUACCUAGGCCAGAUGGAAUUGAUGAGAAGCUUGGUCUUCUAAUUUUGGAUGAGCCAUGUGCAAAACAAAGCGAUCCUGUUGUAUUAGAAAUGCAAAUUCGAUCUAAAUCGAAACAUACUCAUGCCAAAUCGAUGAUUGUAAAGAAUAUCGAUAAUGCAAGAAAGGAUCCAAAAGCAAUAGAUAAUUGGUGUAAAAGUAUUGCAGAUAUUAGAAAAACUCAACCACCACCCACAGUUCAUUAUUCCAGAAAUAUGCCCAAUAUUGAUACUCUUAUGGAGGAGUGGCCACCUGAAUUUGAAGAACUUCUCAAAGAAAUAAAACUACCAUCAGCGGAUUUGGACUCUGAUCUUAAAACCUACACAGAUAUGAUUUGUGCCAUAUUGGAUAUUCCGAUCUAUAAGAAUAGAAUUCAGUCCCUUCAUGUAUUAUUUACACUGUUUUCAGAAUUUAAAAAUUCUCAGCAUUUCCGAAACCUGGCCGCUGAUAAUAAACUGGACAAUGCAUUAAAAGAUCAAGAAGAGAGACUAGUUUUAUAA